AUGGGUUGGUAUAAGCAACAUAUUCACAAGGAAGAUUAUCACAGUAUAUCUCAUAUAUGCGUUAAAACAAACUCUGUUAAGUCACGUAAGAUUAUACCGUUGGUAGAGUCCCUUAUUAUGUACAUCGUUAAAAUUUUGGACUUUCUAGGCAUGUACAUGGUUGAUCUUAAAACGAAAAUUUGUGCCGGUUCUGGUACUCCGGUGAUCUUGAAAGAAAAAGCAGCCAGCGCUUGGGUGGACGGGAAAAACUUGCUUGGACCCGUGGUUGGAAAUUUUUGCAUGGAUUUGGCAAUAAAGAAAGCCAAAGCAAGUGGCUUGGGAAUGGUCGUCGCAAAGGGAUCAAAUCAUUUUGGUAUCUGCGGUUGGUACACGAUGCAAGCCUCAGACAGAGGAUUGCUGGGAAUGGCGUUUACGAACACUUCACCGCUUGUGUUCCCAACCAGGUCUAGAACGGCAACGCUUGGAACAAAUCCUUUAUCCCUUGCUGCUCCUGGUAAAAAUGGAGACAGUUUUGUUCUGGACAUGGCUACUACUACUGCUGCGGUUGGAAAGGUCGAAAUGGCUGACAGAAAGAAAGUCGAUAUUCCACUCUGCUGGGGAGCGCGUGCUGACGGACAAGAAACCACUGAUCCAAAAGAAGUGCUCUCAGGAGGAGGCCUGCUGCCUUUGGGUGGCACGGAAAUUUCAAGUGGCUAUAAGGGAUACGGUCUGGCUAUGCUGGUGGAGAUAUUUUGCGGCAUACUAGCUGACGGUGACUGGGGUCCUCAUAUUCGUAAAUGGAAGAACACGACAAAAGUGGCCAAUUUGGGUCAGAGUUUCAUCGCCAUUGAUCCUGAAGUAUUUGCGCCUGACUUCAACGAACGAAUGCAAGAACUGAUCGACACAAUGCGAAACCUGAAGCCCGUGGACAAGUCGUUUCCGGUUUUGGUGGCUGGUGAUCCCGAACGCACACAUAUGAAACUGUGCGCAGAUUUAGGAGGUAUUCCGUAUCAUCCUAACCAGAUAACGGAUUUGGUGGAGAUCGCCAAGAGCAUGAAAAUAGAUUCUCCAAAAGUUGUGAAAGAACUUUGA